AUGGCUGACGUCAAAGCAAACGCUGAGGCGUUGAUCCCGAAAUUCAAGCUCGACCGCGUCCUCAACCAAGACCAGGCCGGCCGCCGCACCUCGUUGUUGGGCUUAAUCGACGCCAAGCCCGCCCUUCUGAUUCUUGAACGCGCGCCCUUCCCGACCGACCCCUCCUACCUCGCCGCUACCCCAGCGACCCUCUCCUCCAUCGCGAAUCUAGGCGCAAACGACAUCUACCACUGGUACCUCGCCAGCAGCGCCUCCCCGGCGACUCCUGACCCCUCCCUCGCCGACCUCAAGAUCAACCUCAUCUACCCCUGCACCGACGCGCACGUCAAGAAGUACAGCAAGCAGGGCGUCCGGCUCGUCACCGAGACUCCCGAGCUCUACGCCUCGCACGUCCGGCCCUACAUGCAGCGCAAGCGCGACGAGGGUCGUCUCAACUGGGUCUUCAACAUCAUCGAGGGCCGCACCGAAGUCGAGGACGUCAUCUACCGCACGGAGCUCGGCAAGGAGGGCGACGAGGGCUUUCUGCUACUACCGGACCUGAACUGGGACCGCAAGACGCUCGACGCGCUGCACCUGCUUGGUCUGGUCGAACGCCGUGAUAUAUGGUCCCUACGCGACCUGCGCAAGAAGCACAUCCCCUGGCUGCAGCAUAUGAAGGCCAAGCUCCUGGCUGCGACGGUCAAGCAGUACCCGGACAUCGACGUCGACCAGCUCAAGCUCUACGUACACUACCAGCCAACGUACUACCACUUCCACAUUCACAUUGUACACGUGCAGCUCGAGGCCGGCGCGACGCAGGCUGUAGGCAAGGCUGUCGGGCUCGACAGUAUCAUGGAGACGCUUCAGGUUAUGAAGGGUGAUGAUGAGGCGGGCAUGGAUGGUCUUGCAUUGAGUUAUACACUUGGCGAGGCCAGUGAGCUAUGGACAGAGGUAUACGAGCCCAUCAAGAGCUCUAAGAACGGUAAAGCUUCUCAAUAG